AUGGCGACAAGUGAUUUUGAUGUGGAGCUCUUUGAGCGAAGACUUCAUACAUUGAAGGAUUCACAGGAGUCAAUACAAGGUCUUUCAGCUUGGUGUUUAGAAAGGAGACAACAUCAUAAGAAAAUUGUAGCUACCUGGUUACAGGUUUUAAAGAAGGUAAAAGUUGAGCACCGGCUUACGCUAUUUUAUCUGGCAAAUGAUGUUAUUCAAUACUCUAAGAGAAAAAAUUUUGAAUUUGUGGAAUCAUGGGGCACUACUUUACAACGAGCAACAACUAUGGUUAGAGAUGAAAAAGUGAAACAUCGUAUAUUAAGGAUUUUCAAAAUUUGGGAUCAAAGACAAGUAUACGAUGAAGAAUUUCUCGCAGAUUUGUCAGGAUUAAUUUCAGCAGCACCAAAAAAGAAAUUAGAACCUCAGCCAACAGUACCACCUGAAGAAUUUCAAGCUGCCUUACUUAUCUCUACUAUGAGAUCAUGUGCUACAUUAGAACAAGCAACUGAUGCCCGAUUAAGAGAUUUACGUGAAAGUAAUAUAGACAUAGAAAAUGCAGAAGAAUUAUGUGCUUCUCUAAAAGAUAGAAGAAGGGUUGAAGAUGCAGAAAAGGAAGUAGAUCUAGCAGUUAGAAAUGUUGAAAAUUAUGUUCGUGCAUUAGAAGCAGAAAUUAGAGAAAGAACCCAAGUACUUGAACUAUUAGAACAAGCUGAUCAAUUUUAUGAAACUCAAAGAGGUGAAGUGAAAAUAGUUACUAAUGCAUACAGAAAUUUUGGUAGUCGCGUAAAAAAUUUGAAGAAAAAAUUGGAUGAACUUUUACCAACACUAGUUUCACCAAUUCCAUCACCAGACAUAAAUGCUCCAUCUCCAAGUCCUGAUAGUGAUAUUGAACUUCCAGGAGAAGAAACUCAAUCUCAAAAUCAAUUAGGAAUGAUAGAUGUAGCACCACCAUCUAUGUAUGGUUCAUAUUCACAUGAUUAUGAUCCAGUGCCUGUACCAGCUCCAGAAAUGGGUCAAGUCAAUGAUUCUGGUGAUUUUACUAAUAAUUUUUCAUCUUUUAUGGGAGGAAAUGUGGAUUUUGGUAAUAUGAGAAAUAUAUUUAAUGAAAGAUCAUCAACACCUACUGGAAUAUCACAGCAGUAUAACGAUUCAAUAGAGGCUAAACCAAUAGAGGUAAUCAACAUGAGACCCUCCAAAAAUGAAAGUAAUAGCGCGGAUUUUAAUAUCUCUAGUUUUUUAAAAACUGUUCUUCCUUCUUCUGAUGGAACACAAGAUCCUGGUGGUAUUCCAGGUCUUGGUUUAGAUAUUCCAGAAUCACGAGUAGAGUCACCACAGCGUUCGAAUUAUAGACAUUCACCUGUGUUAGGGCAGCAUUCUGUAACUCCUGUGAUGUCAAGAAUUAUGGGUAAUCAGAAUGCACCUAUAGGCGUAAAUACUUGUCCAAUAACUCAUAGUACUCCAUUACCUGUUCGGAAUUUAUCAGGCGAAUCGCAUACUCCUUCACCAUACUCCAGUCAAAACAGUCAAAGUAACAUUACUGUACCUUUUGAUGGUCCUACUAAUAAUAAUACUGUUAAUCCUUUACCACCUCCACCGUUACCUCCGCCUAUUUUUCUUGACGAUGAAAAUUGUUAUAAUAAAUUACCACCAAAAUUUCCUACAUGGACACCUCCAAAUGAAACUAUAAAGGAACCAGCCAAAUGGGAAGAAAAGGGAAAAAAUAGCAUGAAUCCAACUUGGCCUGGUGAAUGUGAUGAAAAAACAAAAACAUGGAUGGAUGGUGAUACGGAUAGAUGGGACUCCAAUAAUGAAUCUACAUGGACUAAUAUUGUGAGAGGAAAGAACGAAAUUCUAUCCGAAACACCAGAAUCACCACCCAUGUAUGAAAAGGCGGGAUUUACAGAUCCAGUUGAAUAUGAUGAUUCUCAACCGCAAGAAUCUCUUUUGAGUACUGCUGGAGAUGUAGAUCAUAGGGUAAUACCAAUUCCAAUGACAGUGGAAAAUCAAUUACCAUAUCGUUUAAUGAAAGCAGCGGAUGUUGACCAUCGUAAUUUAAUUAGCUUAACAGGAAGUCCAGCAAAUCAUAAUGUUAACGAUACUUCUAUGAAUGUGAUAUCGAAUAGUAACAACUUGUGGUCUACCAGCGAUCAAGAUUACCGGCAACACAUGCAACCGGGCGAUAUCGUGGAAAGUGUUGACAUGGAAAUGUCGGAUGAUGAAACUGACAGUAAGCCAAAAGGAAGGGUAUUGGUUGACGUGCGAUCGCAAGAUAGGGACAUGAGAGUCGGUAAUCCAUCAGCAUCUUCGCAACACAUGGAUAUGGAUAUGCGAAUGAUUCCGCUUCCCGCAGGCCAAAUGCCAGGAUCGCAUGGACAAAUUAUGCAAGAUGUACAUAUGAUGCAUUCAGGACCUCCACCACCUCCACCUCCACCGCCACAAUUUCAUCCAGGUCAACCAUCUUUUCAUCAAGAUCAAACAGAUUUUCGACAUAAUUCCGCGGCAGAAUUCCAUCCAGCUCAAACAAAUUUCCAUCAGAAUAGACCACCGCCAAAUUUCAUUCAAAAUCAGCCAGAUUUUGGUCAACAAGAAUUUCAUCAAAUGCAACCAGAAUUUCCAAAACAAGAAUUUGAAUAUCGUGAGAAUCACGCUUUACGACCUAAUCAAGAAUUUCUUGGCGAACCACAAAUGCGUGGGAGGUACUCUCAACCAGUCGAUCAUCAACAUCGAGAUAUUGGUUUUCAUCGGAAUGACCGAGGGGGUCGUGGUGGCCGUGGAUUUGCGAGAAAUAGACGGGAUAGAUACUCGGAUGACCAUAAACCGAGAAACAUUCAGAACAAUCGUAAAUCUAGAACCCAAGAACAUCAAAGAUCUUCGCCAGAAAUUUUACCCAAUAGUAGACCUCUGUUAGUACCAGCACCGGAUACAGUUGUCAUAAUCGACGAAGAGGGUAUGCCUAUAGGAUUACCUAAUGAGAAGGAAAUAGCAGCAAAUGUAGAACAUCCUGUGGAUACGGAACAAGAAGAAAAUUGUCAAGAUCGUAGAUUGUCACAUGGCACGCCAAAUUCACGGGAUCUUGACCAGCAAUCCAUUUAUUCAAGUGGUUCGAAUCUUGUUCAUGAACAUGAAUCUGAGCCACCGGUUGCGGAAUCGGACGAACAACAAUCAACAAUGAACCAAGUGACUGUUGUACCCGUAAUAACGGAUUCUAAAGACUCGCAGCAUAAUCAAUACGUGUCUAUUUCUGAAUAUGAGGAACACGUUGAAACGGAAGCUAUGAUAUCGGAGAAAACUUGCGAGAGUAGCGGAUCGAUUGAAAAUGCCGAACAAGAUAUUAACUUCGAUCAGUCUCAACAGCAACAACAACAUAUAUCGGAUCAAUUGGACGACCUUGGAAACUCAAUGCCAAGUAACGAAUUGAAGAGACCGUCGACAAAUGGCAACUUUGAUGACAAUGAUGUUAGCUCUAGUAAGAAGAGACUUUUAUCUAAUGGUCCUCAGACUCCGACCGAGACUGAUGCAGGUUUGAACGGGCCUAUACCGCAAGUAUCGGCGGAGUCACAUCCGGGGAUAUACGAUUUUGAAGGGCCGAAUUUUCGACCACGACUUAGCGGUCCUGUCCCAUUUCCCCCAUGGAGAGGGGGUCUACCAAGGGGUAGAGGAUUCAGAGGUGGUCCCAGAGCUCCUUGGAUGGAUAGAGGUCCUCGUGGCCCUGUAAUUGGUAAUUUUAUGCCCAGAGGAUUGAAACGCGGUGGACAAUUUAGGGGAAAUGGUUUCAGAGGUCGGGGACGUGGUAAUAAUUGGUAGAAAGUGCAUGAAUUUUCGUUUAUUAUUUGCUUGGAAAGGAAAGAGGAGAAGAAAUGAAAAUGAAAAAGAAAAAGAAAAAAAAAACUUUCGCUGCAAUUUUUACCAAGAAAAAAAUUUGCACCGCUUUUGACAACAUAACGAGAAGAAAACAACUGUUUUUUCUAUUCUGUACAUAUACUUGUUAAAAAUAUUAUUAAAUGAAGGAAGAAGACUCAUCGUCGGAACGUCACGUAGGACUGGGACAUUAUCUUUGCGUGCGUCUCUUAACAUGUAGAUGGGAAAAUGGGGGCAAAGACGGUAUAAUCCCAGACGACGUAAUCUUCUUUGUUGAAGAUUCACGCUUCUGUGUGAUUAAUUCGCCUAUAUACAUAUAUAAAUAAAAAUAUAGAUAUAUAGAUAUAUGAAGAAUGUACACGUACACAUUUAAUGCGUUUAUUCUCUCUCUCUCUCUCUCUCUCUCUCUCUCUCUCUCUCUCUCUCUCUCUGUCUCCCUCUGUCUCUAUCGCUAUUUUCUCUUCGAAAAACUUCAUUCGAUUUUCACAUACAUGUACACACAUUUGUUAAAAAUUUAGAUGUAUUAUUGAAGCGGUACUUUUGACGCCUUUAAUACAACGUUAUCAUGAACAUUUCCAAUCAGUGAUGAUAUAAAUAUCGAUUUAUAUAUCAUAAAAAAAAAAA